ACUGCCUUUGCAAAUUCCCCUCCCUCUCUCUCUCUCUCUCUCUCCAUGUGAAAACCCUAUCAAAUCAAAUUCUCAAAAUUUGAUUCACAAAAAUAUUCCACCAAAUUCUCUUCCAAUCCCACCAAGGAAUCCCAGAUAUACUCUCAUCUCUCUCUCUCUCUCUCUCUCUCUCUUUCUGUAUAUAUACACAGAGAGAUAUAUGAAUCUUUGUUCAGUUGAUGGGAAAAUCACUGCCCAGAGCAGCAACAACUAAGCUUCAACAAAAACUCACAGACCAUCUUAUCAAGACUCCCAAAAGAUCCAAACCCAUAUCCCAGAACCGCUUGGUAUCGCCGGAGACACCCAGAUUCUGCUGCGAAUUGAGGAGGCCCAAGUCAGAGAAGAAGAUGGAGAACAAAAAGAGCAGUAGCAGCAGCACCAGGGGCGGCGGCGCUGAGGAGCAGAACCACCGUACGCCGCUGUCAAGGGUGGUUUCCGAUUGUGCGAAGCGGUGGUUCCAAGACACCCUCAAGGAUGCCAAGGCCGGCGAUGUGUCUAUGCAGGUGUUGGUGGGUCAGAUGUAUUACAACGGCUAUGGCGUCCCUCAAGAUGCCCAGAAGGGAAGAAUUUGGAUGACAAGAGCUUCUAGAAUUAGAUCCUCAGUUUGGAAAGUAAGCAAUAAACGCCCAGGUUACAAUGUAAGUGAUUCUGAUUCAGAUGAGCCAGAGGGAAACUCCUGAUUAGACCAACUUGGCAUUUCCAUCUAAUACAAUUUGAAAGUAAGAAUACUAGAAAGUAAAGCGAGCAAGGAGGCUUACAAUAUUGUGAACUCAAAACUGCAUCUAAUACCUAAAAACAUUUUCAUCUUUGAUCCUUGGCAGUAGCGUGCAGGACUAGUCACAAGUUAAAUUAGUUCUCUAUUCGUGUUGAAUAGAUAACUCAGAGUUCCUUGUUUUCAGUGAUUUGUAAUCAGGUGUAUUGGUUGAAUGAAUUGUGACAUAACAAAGUGGAAAAUAGAAACUACCUGAUUUUGCUGGAUGAAAUCGUUUCAUUCAUUCUUGAAAUCCUCUGAAUUUGCUAGAUGAAAUCUUUUCGCACCCCUCUGUCCUUUAAAUUUGCUGUAUGAUUUCAUGUCAUUGGGUUGGUUACUACAGAUUUAAGCAAAUUUUGAGGAAGGUUGAAACACAAAUUUGUUACUAAGAAGAGUAGAGAAUGAAAUAUCAGGAACUAUAUUCGUUGAUAACUUCUAAUUUCUCCAAAAGGCGUGGAUUGGGAAAUCUCAUGUGUUUCCCCUUGAUACAAAGCGCUACACACCUAGAAAUCUGCUAAACUACGUCUUUUAGGUGUAAGUCAGUUUCUGUUAACAGAGCAAGGGUAUAUAUAUAUAGGACUUAAGAGCAUCUCCAACCUUUCGCCUUUUUUUUCAUUAAAUUCAAAUUUGAGGAAAAAGUAACCAUUUUGCAUCUCCAACCCUUUCGCCAAACCUAUAUCAAAUCAAGGGAGGCUCAAAAUUUUCAUCAAAUGGAGCCAAUACCAAAGCCCUUCAUCAAAUCUCCAACGGUCCCAUUGUACAAAAUUGAAAUACCUUUUAUGUCCCUAUCUUAAAUAGGUGUGGUGCUUUGUGGUCAGCUGUGGUGGCUUGUAGUGGUCACAUGUGGCAUAUGUGGCCAACCAUGGUGGCUCGACUGUUCUAGAUCGUGUUUGAAAUGGUAUGGAUUGACUUGGCAAAGAGAGGUGGAGCAUUGUGCAGUAGAGAGUGGUGGUGAUUUGGUUGUAGGGGGAGGCACGGAUGGUGGGUCUAGUUUUUUCUCUUUUUAAAAGAUUUAAUGAAAAAAUUGAUUCUCACCAUUGGAGUGAGUUAUAUCAAAUCAGUUUUUUGGUCCAAAUUCUUACUCAAAUUUUUUGAAAAAAUUUGAUGAAGGAUUGGAGAUGCUCAAGAAGGUUGCUACUGAGAUUAGUGUUGUCAUUUCAUGUUCUGCUUGUUUCCACUCUUAUAUUUCCUCCCUUUCUUGCAUUUAUGUUGUUAUGAGGUCAAAUAAAAGAGGUAUGGUACAAAAGUUGGGUUGCCAUUACUCAACUAAUUUGGAAAUUGAACUCAGAAAAUGAGAUUUUUGGUUCAAGAAGAAAAUGAUAUGAAGAUAUACGGUUCUGGAUUCUCUGGACUCCGAUAAGAAGUCAGCUAAGUCAUGAAGAUUGGUUAGCAGUAAAACUUGUUGGUGUGACGGCCAGUUAAUUGUUUUGAUUCAUGCUUCAGUGAGGUUGUACUCAAAUGUUUUUAUAUCUUUAGAGGAUGGCAUUUGGACAAAGUUGAUUAAUGGUUGUCUCUUCGUCAAUCUUUGGCCAUGGAGUAUAUGAAGUCCAUAAAAUCAACCAUGUUUCUACUUUUAACUAAUAAUCAUUGUUUCAGUGUUUAAGGCUUGAUAUCUUUGCAAUCUUUCUUUAAUCCCAAUCAAUAGGUUGAUUCUUGUACGCUUAAUCAUAGUACUCCGUCUUACUGAUUUUGAGUUGCUUGUGAUUUCGCUUGUUAGGUUGAUGUCGAGAGAAAUUGAAAGAUAAAAUCUGGUUAAAUAGAAAAAUAGAACUAUUUUUUUUUUCCUUUUCAAACUACACGAAUGAAUUUACUU